UUGAAAAAAGAGGAAAAAAAUGGGGGUAAUUUGCGAUUUUGUGAUUGUGCAUUUGUAAAGGCACACCUUCUUGCUUGCUUCUUCCCCAAUUUGAAACUUGAACAUUCAAAAACCAAAGGCAAAAGAAGUAACGGCGACGAUACGAUAGAGCUCAAGCCUCAAGGCCAUCUUGCCAAAGCCAAAUCAGUGUACAGCAGCGGGAGCGAAACCCAAGCCAGGCGAUAAAUCAGCGAAAUCUCUUGCUACUGCCUGGCUUCAGGGCUUUGCUUGUUGGUCUACAAUUUAAUGUAAUUUCAUAGGUCACAUGUCGAUCCUCAGUAGAUUCUUUCACAGAAGAGCCCCUGAUGGCUUGCUUGAAUUUGUUGACAGAGUAUAUGUUUUUGACUCUUGCUUCUCAACUGAAGUUUUGCCCGAUGGAUUGUACCAUCUUUACUUGCAUGAGAUCAUUACUGAAUUAUAUGAAGCAUUCCCAGAAUCAUCUUUUCUUGCAUUCAAUUUCCGAGAAGGUGAGAAACGUAGUCAGUUUGCUGAGAUUUUGUGUGAGUAUGAUGUUACUGUCAUGGAUUAUCCAAGACAAUAUGAAGGUUGCCCACUUCUACCGCUGUCUCUGAUUCUUCAUUUCCUUCGUGUCUGUGAGAGUUGGCUUUCUGGUGGGAAUCAUCAAAAUGUUAUUCUGCUUCACUGUGAGAGAGGGGGUUGGCCUCUGUUGGCAUUUCUUUUGGCUAGUUUCUUGAUUUAUAGAAAGUUGCAUAGCCAUAGUGGAGAAAGAAGGACUCUUGAGAUCAUCCAUCGGGAGGCUCCUAAAGGAUUGUUACAGCUGUUGUCACCAUUAAAUUCAUUUCCCUCACAGCUUCGGUACCUCCAGUAUGUAUCAAGAAGAAAUAUAUCACCAGAGUGGCCUCCUCCUGAACGGGCUCUUUCAUUGGAUUGUCUCAUUCUUCGUUCUAUCCCAAAUUUUGACAAUCAAAAUGGUUGCAGGCCACUUGUCCGUAUUUUUGGUAGAAAUCUACAUAGCAAGGGCGGACUAACCACCCAAAUGCUGUUUUCCAUGUCAAAGAAAAACAAGAACCUUCGCCACUACCGACGGAAGGACAGUGAUGUAAUUAAGAUUGAUGUCCAGUGUUUGGUGCAAGGGGAUGUUGUACUAGAGUGUGUUCACUUAGAUUUGGAACCUGAACGAGAAGUCAUGAUGUUUCGUAUAAUGUUCAACACUGCUUUUAUUCGCUCUAACAUCUUGAUGCUCAACUGUGAAAACUUGGACAUUCUUUGGGAUUCAAAGGUGCGGUAUCCAAAGGGAUUUCGAGCAGAGGUUCUUUUUGGUGAGGUUGAGAGCAUCUCUCCCCGUAAAACUCCAACAACUAUCUUAGAUGGUGAUGUGAGAGGUGGAUUGCCCCUUGAAGCUUUUUCUAGGGUUCAAGAACUCUUCAGUGGUGUUGAGUGGGUUGAUAAUAGUGAUGAUGCUGCAUUAUGGUUACUGAAACAGCUUUCAGUGUUAAAUGAUGUUAAAGAAUUGUCAAUAUUACGAAGUAGGGCAAAUGCAUAUUCAUCACCUGUUGAUUCUGAAGAGGAAAACAAUGCAUCUAGCACUGCUGAUAGUCUGGAUUUUCUAGAUACUGAAAAGGUCAAUAACCUAGGCUAUGCAGGAGCAACAGGAUUUAAUUUCCUGGAUGAUCCCUUGUCUCAGGAUUCUGCAUCUGAUGAAGCAUCAGAUCCUAGGAUUUCUGUAGAUGCACUGCCGCCACUACUAUUAGACACUGUUGAUUCAGUUAUUUCUCCUUCUGAUGGUGGUCUACAAGAUGAGUAUGUUACUUUGGCAUCUUCAGAUCAAGUGCCAGCUGUAACAGGUCAGCAACAUUUUCUGAGUAAAGACAGUUCACCUCAUUUUCCUCAAUCACUGCCAACUAGAGAACCUCCGACUGUUGCUUGUAGUACAAAUGCCCCUCCACUUCCCACUGCUCCACCUCCACCUCCACCACCACCUUUGCGAAUUAAUUAUAAUAGUAUAAGACCUUUGCCACCUCCUCCUCCUCCACCACCACUGCCACCACCUUUUACUCCUACUUCUACAACCAAUUCUAUUAGAGGACCUUCACCAUCUCCACCACCACCACCACCACCACCACCACCACCUUGUCCACCUUAUGCUGCCAAUAUAGUUUCUCCACCACCACCUCCACCUCCUCCACCUCUACCGCUUGCUAACAGUAGAGGUUCUUUGCUGCUGCCUUCAUCACCAUCAUCACCUUUGCUGCCUCCACCACCACCACCCCCUCCCCCUUUUGUUGCCAACAGGGGUCUUCCAGUACCCCCUCCCAAUACUAGUAGACAUCCUCCACCACCUCCUCCUCCUCCAUUUGUUGCACCUCCCACUACAAUUGGAGGCCCUAGAGUGCCAUCCCCACCCCCACCUCCACCACCACUGCCCAAUACAAGUAGCUAUCCUCCACCUCCUCCCCCCCCACCUCCUCCACCUCCAACUACAAGUAUAGGCCCUAUAAUGCCACCUCUGCCUCUGCAACCUUCCAUUACAAGUAGCUAUCCGCCACCACCUCCUCCACUACCCCCUGCACCUCCCACUACAAGUAGAGGGCCUACAAUGCCACCUCCACCCCCACCUCCGCCACCUCCCGGUGCAAGCAGCCAUCCUUCUCCUCCUCCUCCUCCACCACCCCCUGCUCCUCCCACUACAAAUAGAGGCCCUCCAGCACCACCCCCACCCCCACUUCCCACCACAAGCAAGGGCCCUCCACCACCACCACCACCUCCUCCUUCUUCGAUUCAUUCUAACACUUCAACAAGGCCACCACCUCCGCCAGGACCACUUGGAAAAGGUUCAAUUCCCCCACCUCCUCCACAGGCACCAAAGCCUCCUGGUGCUCCUCCUCCUCCAAGUCAAGGUUUGGCAUCGGCUCCACCUCCACCACCUGGAGCAAAAGGUUCAAGUGCACCGCUGCCCCCUCCAUCUACUGGGCGGGGAAGAGCUGUCACAGGUUUGUCAAGUCACGGAAGAGGUCGAGUUGGUAUAGGUUCUAUUCCUCCAAAGCGGUCUUCAUUAAAGCCCUUACACUGGGUGAAAGUUACACGAGCAGUGCAAGGGAGUUUGUGGGCUGACUCUCAAAAACAGGAAAUUCAGUCAAGGGCCCCUGAGAUUGAUAUAUCAGAACUUGAAAGUCUCUUCUCAGCUGCUUCUGCUUCAGAUGGCUCUAGUAAACUUGGAGGUCGGCGUGGUUCUAAAAUCAACAAACCAGAGAAAGUUCAGUUGGUUGACUUGCGUAGAGCAAACAAUUGUGAAAUCAUGCUCACCAAAAUAAAGAUUCCUUUACCAGAUAUGAUUAUGGCAGUUCUGGCUUUGGAUUCUUCAGCCCUUGAUGUUGACCAAGUUGAGAAUCUCAUUAAAUUCUGUCCUACAAAAGAAGAAAUGGAGACACUGAAGAACUAUACCGGGGACAAGGAUAUGCUUGGAAAGUGUGAACAGUUUUUCCUGGAGUUAAUGAAGGUCCCACGUGUGGAGUCCAAAUUGCGAGUAUUUGCAUUUAGAAUUACUUUUUCCAGUCAGGUGGAUGAUUUACGACAUAGCCUGAACACAAUUAAUGUUGCUGCUAGAGAGGUAAAAGAAUCUGUUAAAUUGCGUCAAAUAAUGCAAACGAUUCUCACUUUGGGAAAUGCACUGAAUCAAGGCACUGCUCGAGGAUCUGCCAUAGGAUUCAAAUUAGACAGCCUACUUAAGCUGUCUGAUACUCGUGCGAGGAAUAAUAAAAUGACAUUGAUGCAUUAUUUGUGCAAGCUCCUUGCUGAGAAGAUGCCAGAAUUGCUGGAUUUUGACAAGGAUCUUGUUCACUUAGAAGCUGCAUCUAAGAUCCAAUUAAAGUCCUUAGCUGAAGAAAUGCAAGCUGUGAGUAAAGGUCUUGAAAAGGUUGAGCAAGAACUCACUGCUUCAGAGAAUGAUGGUGCCAUUUCUGCCGGCUUCCAGAAGGUCUUGAAGAAUUUCCUUGACACUGCUGAAGCUGAAGUAAGAUCGCUUAUCUCCUUGUACUCUGAAGUGGGAAGAAGUGCAGAUUCAUUAUCUCAGUAUUUUGGUGAGGACCCGGCUAGAUGUCCUUUUGAACAAGUGACACAAAUCCUGGCUGUCUUUGUUAAGAUGUUCAACAAAGCACGGGACGAGAAUGAGCAGCUGGCAGAUGCCGAAAAGAAGAAGCUAGAGAAGGAAGCCAUGAAAGAGCAGGCUGCAAGAAAAGAGGGCGCAGACAUGGAUCGCGUGAAGGCUAAUUUUCGAAGUCAGAAACACGCAUCUUGAAUGCAGAAAGUAACCUCAUACGGGUAGCUGCUUGGACAAGACUGGAUUGCUGCUGGGGAUUCCUGGACACCUACAGCUCAUUCAAGAACACACGGGUGAAUGAUGAAUCAUCAUCGCAUUGCUGAUACCAGUCACUGCCGGUGACGGAACAGCCAUUGCCGCCUUCUGUGCUGCUGGGAAUUUUCGUGGAACCAGGUUGAUUCUAGGAGAAUUCAUCAACAAAUUAUGAGCCCAUACCAUAUUUGAUCGAUUCUUAUGUCGUUGUUUUAGGUGCUGGCUACUGGCUGAUGAUGAUUUGAGUGGCUAUUUAGUCCAUUUUUUGUACAACCCCAUCAUCCAUUGACACUGGAGAGAGGGAGAGAGAGAGAGAGAGAGAGAGAGAGAGAGAGUCUUAUAUGUAAAGUUGUGUUGUAUUUCUAAGUUGUCCGUGGCUCUCCACUGAUUCUUGUGACUCAAACUUGCACAUUUGGAAGCCAAACAAGAAUUAAUAAUGUAAUUCUUUUAGGAAUACUUUACGUAGUCAAAUCAAAAGAGAAAGUUCAUAAUUUA